CCCGAGGACGCGGACGUCGCGAACGUCGGCAAGCUCCUCGAGGCGGCGAAGCGCGGCGACCGGGACGCGCUGCGGCGCCUGCUCGACGCGGCCGUCGACGUCAACGGCGCGGACUACGACCGGCGGACGGCGCUGCAUUUGGCGGCGGCCGAGGGCGAGCUCGACGCGGUGCGGUUCUUACUCAUCGACGGCGGCGCGGACGUCACGGCCGGCGACUACGACAAGCGGACCGCGCUGCACCUCGCCGCGGCCGAGGGCCACGUCGACGCGGUCCGCUUCCUCGUCGACCGCGGCGCGAACGUGGACGCCGUCGACCGCUGGCACGGCACGCCGCUGCGCGACGCG